UGUUAUUCAAUCGUUACUGAAUACAAACGCCGAUAUAACAAAACAAAAUAAACACACGAGACUAUACUUAUUUCCACCAGUGUGUGUAAGUUCAGUUUACAUGCAUGUUCAUGCUAAACACCUGUUGCAUAUUGAUAUUUUCUAACAAUUUGUCAUGUAAUCCAGCAGAUGUUUGCAUUUAUUGAUGUGUUACUGAAAUACCAAAGUGAACAAUACAAAAUCGCUUCUCAACUUUGAUUACACUGAAGUUGACUCCUUGAUUAACACAAUAUUAAUCCACUGAUUAACAUAAACGAAUCAACUGAUUAACAUGUAUGACUUCAUUGCAUUUCAUAUUGGUCUCAACUAUUAAAAUACGAGCAAAGAAGUUCGUGUAUGUGCCGGGAAUAGAAUAACAACAACCUUGCAAUGAGCCUGCUUAUUAUUGGGAUGAUUUUUAUUGGAUUACCAAAGUUGUUCCUUAGUAAAUACUGCAGUAUUCCUGAUAACAGUGUUAAAAUGCGGAAAAUGGAAAAAAUCGAAAGUUUAUAUGUGUGAAGUGUUAAGAGUAACAUAUUAUUAUACUUACACUAAAAAAGCGUAGCUGUACUAAACACCAAAAUUCAAAAGCAAAGCGUUUAUCAACGAAACAGUUAAAUUACGUUACACAUGUUGAAAACGUAGUACACGGAAAGAUAAGAACUGCGUGCAACAAUUUCUUUUGCAAAUUGAAAGGCAACCUUGAAUAUUCUGAAGUCAUGACUUUGUGCCAUCUGCUUUGAAUCAGUAAGCAUGUGUUCUUAAGGAGGUCUAUUGCAAAUAUAUAAGGGCACAAUAAUUGACUAUGAGUCGAAAAGCAAGCUUGUUUGCCAAACAAAAUCCGGAAGGCAAGAAGGCCAAAGGUGUGCGGUUCUCUGACGAACUAGUGUUUCUGGACAAUAUCAAAGAGAAUGACGUAAAAGCUCUUAGUCACAUGCUGCGACGAGCUAGUCUUCAGGUGGACAUUAGUGGAAUUAAUGACGCAGGUCUGACCCCUCUGCAUCAGGCGGUCCUGGACGGGAACGAGGCUGCAGUGAGACUCCUGGUGAACCACGGAGCUGACGUCAACAAACAGGACAAGGAUUCGUGGACGCCUCUACACGCAGCGUGCGCAGAGGGACAUGCAGAUAUUGUACAAUUUCUCUUAGAAAACGGUGCAGACAAAAAUAUACUUACAGAACAAGGAGAGAGACCUUUAGAUCUCGUGGACCCGUCCGACAUGGAAACAAUACGUGUAAUGCUUAGCAACAUUCAACUAGAUAGCAACAACCAAUCAGAAGACGAGUUAGAGACUGACGUCACAGGGCCAACUACUGUAUAGAGGCGUUUGAGAGAGUAACGAACUGUCCACGGUGAUCGGAUGAAAUGCAGCUAUCAACGACAUCAUAUUUUCACUGAAUGGUGCCAAGUGUUGUGAUGUAAAAAAAAGUAAUGAUUCUUUGCUCAUCACAUGCCAUUCGUUAAACGGGUAUACAUACAUUGUAAAUAUCACUGGAAAUUUGUAAAUUACUUUCAAAUAAAUCGUCUCAUUUGACAUUAAUUAAACAAA